AUGAGACACUCCUGGCCGGAGAGUAAGGCUCUGGUGAGAUUGGUCCGGGGCAGCAUUGGUACCAAAGACUUUCACGCGGCGAAACGCGUCCACGACCGGGUUCUCGCCAGCGACCUCGGCACGGACAGGUAUCUCUGCAACCUCGUGAUCGAGAUGUACGGAAAGUGCGGGCGAGUGGACGAAUCUUUGCGGGUUUUCGAGGGGCUGGAAGGGAAGAAUCACAAGUCUUGGAAUGCGCUGCUGCAUGGGUUUACCGUGAAUGGGUACGCCAGGCGAGCGUGGCGGAUCUUCGUUGGGAUGCCGGAGCACGACUAUUUCUCGUGGAACGUGAUUAUCACGGUGUUACUCCAGACUGGGAACUUGGAGAGCGGGAGGGAUUUGUUUGAGAGAAUGCCGGAGCCGAAUGCUGUGAGCUACAAUCUGGUCAUCAAGGCGUACGCGCAGGUGGGAUGCGUUGAUCAAGCGAAAGGGCUGUUUGAUCGAGCUCCUAGUUUGAAUGACGUCUCGUGGACGACGCUUAUCUCUGCAAAUGCUGAGAGUGGGCGGUUGACUGAAGCGAAAUUUGUGUUUGAGCAAAUGCCUUUGCAUGAUAAAGUCUCUUCCAGUGUGAUGAUCCAGUGCUGUGGUCUUGCCGGUAACUUGGAUGAAUCAAAGAUGGUUUUUAUGAGCAUGGAGGAGAGAGACGUGGUUUCGUGGACCUGCUUACUUGUAGCAUAUGCCGAGAAUCGGUAUCUUGUUGGUGCUGCGUGGAGCUUUGAGAAGAUGCCGAUGCGCGGCACUGUGACAUGGACGGCCAUGAUGAACGCCUACGCUCAAGCGGGAAAUCUCCGGGAGACUUGGAGGAUGUUUAGUUCCUUGCCGGAGCUAGACACUGCUGCGUGGAACGCAGUGAUCGCAGCGUAUGCCCACUGUGGAAACAAGAAAGAGGAGGCUAUGCGUUGCCUGGAGCUCGCCAAAACCAUGAAACUCGAGGGAUUUUUCCCAAAUCAUGUCACAUAUGCUGCCAUUCUCUCGGCUUGCAACCACGUCGGGCUCGUGAGCGAUGUUUGGGAGAACUUCGUGUCGAUGAUCGCGGAUCACGGGAUUGUGCCUAUAAAGCAGCACUACUCAUCGAUUGUGGACGCGUUGGGGAGAUCGGGGAGGAUGGAAGAGGCGAAAGAGUUGAUCCGGAGCAUGCCCUUUGAAGCAGAUGAAACUGCGUGGACGGCCAUGCUCAAUGCUUGUAGAAUUCAGGGCGAUGUUUCAGCGGGAUUGGAUGCUGCAAGUCGAGUCGUGAAUGACAAAGAUGGAAAUCCAUUUGUAGCUGUUUCUACCCUGUAUCGAUCAAAGGUUUCAUAG